AUGUUGUCUACGAAUAAUGGACAGUGGUAUCAGUGGUUCUAUGUGCUGGCUAUUGCAUCUGCUGUAGAAGUUGUCUUUCUGCCCCUGGCGUUCAGACACGAGACUGCAGCGAAGUACCAUGAGAACAAGAAGAAGCAGGGAAACCCUGAAGAUGGAGUAGAUCAACGAGCCAUCUUCCGAUACAGCGCGACCUGGAUAUACGCCGCUUACCUUCUGGCAUACGUGGGCACUGAGUGCACUGUUUCCGGCUGGGUUGUCACAUUCAUGCUCCGCGUCCGCCAUACCAGCACUUAUGCAUCCAGUAUUUGCUCUUCUGGCUUCUGGGCAGGCAUGGCGAUUGGACGACUAGCUUUGGGUGCAGUCACAGAGAAGUUGACCCCAAGACGGGCAGUCAUCAUUUACUUGGCACUUGCUCCCGCAAUUGUGGUGCUUUUCAUGAUAGUGCAGGUUCUGUGGGUCUCGGUACUUUCGAUGGCACUGCUCGGCUUCGUUAUGGGCCCGCUAUUCCCCUCUUGCAUCGUCGAAUUUGUUCAUUACCUACCAAAAGAGCUUCAUGUUGGUGCGGUAUCGUUUGUUGCUUCCCUCGGCCAAGUCGGCGGCGCCAUACUUCCAUAUAUGCUCGGCGCUAUCACCCAGGUGGCGGGGCUCCAUGUGUUUCCUUACAUGCUUCUUUCACAAUUUGCUGUCAUUCUUCUUCUGUGGCUCAUAUCAUAUAAGGUGGCAGGGAAGAAGAUACUCCAAGAAGAGCCUGUGCGAAUAAGACAAGACUAA